AUGCCUCGUCCUCUGAUCGUCUGCUCCGUUUUCGUUUUGUUGUUCUGGUUGAGCCAAAUUGAGGCUUGUUCUCCAAGUGGAGCUGCUUAUCAGGCCCAUUUCAAGCAGAUUCGUAAGUUUUUUGAGAUUUUUUCGAGGUUUUUUGGUAACUAGAAAAUUUAAAAUUAUUAUAGUGAAUGUAGAAAAGUUUGUUAUUGUGUUUGGCAAAUGCUUUCAAGUAAAAAAAAAUCAUUUUUUGAGUUAAAAAUUAUGUUAGUCAUGAGAAAAGCCUUGAAUUUUUGCGUGAAACGGAAUUUUCAAGCCAUUUUUUGUAAUAUACAAGUGAUUUCGGUAACUGUCGCUCUACUAACAAGCUUUUUUCUAUUUUUUAAAUGAAAAUUGUGCUCAAUCGAAUUGCCAAGGUAACCCAUCUAAAACAAGAUAUUUUCAGCGUGUACCCAAUGCAAACCAAUUCAUAUUCAACCAGGAUGUGACAAGGACUUUCACGAUCCCAAAUUUGCUUGUGCUUUCCCAUUGGUCACCUACCAUGUUGCGAGAACCGAGAAUUGUGGCCGCGCCACCGUAACCUGUUCAACUUUGGACUUUAAACCGUCAGUAGCUCAAGUAUUGGCUCGUGUUGUUGACUCCACCACAAAUGGCACUGUUUGGACUCCGAUUGGUGCUGCGAAAAAGUUGAGUACUCAAGUGACGUUGAAGUGCGGCAACGAAAGCACCUGGGACAUUGAAAAUGUUGAUGGUCGGGUGGAGGAUCUGCUGUUUGUGAGAUGUGCUCAUUCCGUGAUUCCAACUGACAACGAACUUCAAGUGGCACAGACUUUGGAGGGAUCUGGACAAGAUUAA